GACAGAGACAGAUAGGCGUUUGUUUUCAACGUUUGUUCUUUUAUUAAUCACAUCUUCUAAACACUAGCUCUUCUAGAAGGGCGGACUAUCAAAUCCAUAACAGAGCUUAUCUCCGCCUUAACGGAGAGCUUUUCCAUAGAAGGAGACUUGAUGCGUGCAGCCCAUCCAAACAGACCAGACAGACAGCACUGCUUCCUGACAGCAGUUUCAUCUCGAAGACUGCACCUCACAAACCUACAGAGAGAACAAUUCGCUGUCAUUAAAAAUGUCGAUAUUCGAGACUUUUUCAUGAGGAUUUAAAUGACUUUCGAGAGACAGCAAAGAUCAUUUAAGGCGCCAUCAGAUUUUGGAAACAGAAGAGGGUGGAGAAGAAACACUUCCAUACACGGCGAUAAAGGUGCAGGUUGUCAGCUGAGUGUAAUUGAUCUUCACUCAUGAAGGGCAUGGAGAUGUUGCGCCGCUCCUCAGUGUUCGCGGCUGAAGUCAUGGAGGUGUUUGAUCGCUCUCCCACGGAUAAGGAGCUCGUGUCUCAGUCUAAAGUCUUGUGCAGGGAUUACAUUCACUCCAGACUCCAUCGGGCUGGAAUCGGAUGGUCUAAACCAGAGCAUGGAUCCGGAGGAACACUGGCUGAGGUGUCUUCAGUUCUUCUGUGGUUGGGUGAUGAGCUGGAGUACCUGCGACCCAAUGUGUACCGCAACGUAGCAAGACAGCUCAACAUCACUAUUGCAUCUGAGAGUAUAGUCUCUGAUGCCUUUUUGGCCGUUGCUGCCGAAAUCUUCUCUACAGGUGUAACAUGGGGGAAGAUUGUAUCUCUGUAUGCUGUGGCCGGAGCUCUAGCCGUGGACUGUGUUCGGCAUGGGCAUCCAGCGAUGGUGCACACCAUUGUCGACUGCAUGGGCGAGUUUGUUCGCAAAAGCCUUGUGUCAUGGUUAAAGAGGAGAGGAGGCUGGGCGGACAUCACAAAGUGUGUAGUCAAUACAGAUCCCAGUUUUCGUUCUCAUUGGCUGGUGGCAGCUGCCUGUGCCUGCGGUCACUAUCUCAAGGCUGUGGUCUUCUACCUGCUGAGAGAAAAAUAAAGAGCAGCACAAACAAGUGACGGACAGCUGGACUCUUCCAAAACUGGCAGAAGGGGUUUUUAGUCACUGCUUAAGCCUUUCACUGCUCUUGAUGUGUUUACACUUGCACAAAGUUUGCACUUUUCCUUUAAAAGAUAGUCUUGCGCUCCAAGAUGAACCGUUAUCUUAUGUGUUUAACCUGGCCUCUUGCACUCUAGGCAUUCCUUGCUGUUACCAAUUUUAUUGAACUUAAUGUUCAUAUGCAAAAUACCAUGGCCAGCGGGACACAACUGAGAGAAAGCUGUUGUGACCUUUGUAUUUGCAUGUGAAAUACAAUGUUCAUGUACUAGGGCCUGUGCUGCCUAGACCAAUGUUGUCUAAUCAGAACGUUUCUCUGAUUAUUAUUACAUUUUUCACUGUCUCAAGUGGUUUUGAUGAUCUCAAAAAGCAGAUAUCCACAGUGCAGUAUGAAAAAUGACCAGGAGUUCAUGAGAAAACAGAUCCGUGUGAAAUGGAGAUCAAUAUCAGGAUAGUAUUCGUGUAUUUCCCAAGGAAAAACAACAAACUACUGUAUGCAAAUGACUGUGGGAGAGUGAAAACAAAGUAGAUUUUGGUUGACUAAUAAUGAAAAACAGAUAUAACAUUUCAGUUCAUGCCAUACUUUAAGUCGGAACCUGUCAAUUCGUUUUUUUUUAUUAUAGUGUUGUCUCUCUCUUCUUUGUUUUUUUCUUGUGUAAUAUUUUCCCCAGAUCUUAGAAUUGGCAUUGUUGGUGCCACCUUGAACAACUGUAAGAUAUCAUGGAGCCAUCACUAAAAUAAGUUAAAACUUGGUGUUUUAUAAUUUUGUUUCAUUAUUUUGUUCUCUUGUAUAGUUCAGUUUAUAAAAAUAAUUAUGUUGAAAACUAAACAUUGUUGUGUAUGCUACACUGAAUGUAUGCUAAAUAAAAAUAGACUUUUUUU